AUGGGUUUUGGAGAGGUCAAGCACCCCGUCCCAAGCCACCAGCCUCCAGCUCCCCAGUGGCGUGUGACCGAUGAGCGCCUGGUGGACAGCGUGGGCGGGGCCAGCUGCUUGUACCAUGCCCAUUCCGUCUCCGCGGCCCCUGGAAUCCUGGCCAUGCGGCUGUCCUCAGAGCACGGGAGAGAAAGUGACCUCUCUGUGGUUUGUAAGGACUGCAAGGGCAAAUACCCUGCGUUCACGAUGGCCAUCUGCGAUUCCCCCAUCCGGGUCACGCACGACACGAUGAACGUGCCCCUCGUCUGUGACUAUGGCUCAGUCUUCAGCAAGGUGGGCUUGUCGGGCACAGAGGCCCCUCUGGCCAUGUUCCCCACCAUCCUCGGGAAACUUCGGCACGACAAUCCGUUGGUGGGGAUGCAAGAAGAAGACUGGUUCAUCAGAGACGAGGCUCAGAAAAAGCGAGGGGAGCUUAACCUGCAAUAUCCCAUCUCCCGGGUGACCAUCACUAACUGGGACAACAUGGAGAAGAUUUGGCAUCACUCCUUCUACCAGGUGCUCCGCAUCGCCCCAGAGCAGCAUCCUCUGAUGGUGACCGAACUGCCUUUAAACAUAAUAUCAAACAAAGAGAAGAUGUCACAGAUCCUGUUUGAGACGUUCAAUGUGCCCGCCCUCUACUUAGCCAACCAGGGAGUCCUUUCUCUCUACGCCUCUGGCCAGACCUCCAGUGACUGGGAGUACAUCCGGGACAUAAAGGAAAAAUGUUGCUAUGUGGCUUUGGACUUCGACAAGGAAAAACUGAAAGCUGACUCUCCUUCCUACGCACAGAAGUAUCAGCUGCCCGAUGGCCAGGAGAUCACCCUUGGGCAGGAGAAGUUCCUCUGUCCCAAAGGGCUUUUCCAGGCAGACAUCAUGGGGAGAAAUGGCCCAGGCAUCCACAUGAAGGCCUUCCAGAGCAUCAGCUCCUGCAGCUCUGCCCUCUGGAAGGUUCUCUUCGGCCACAGCGUGCUGUCCGGCGGCACCGGCUCCUGGUCCGGCUUGCGCUUCCGGAUGCAGAGGGAAAUAUCCGCCCUGGUCUCCCCUACCGUUAACGUGAAGGUGUCCACCUGCCCCUCUCCCAUAUACAACGCCUGGCUGGGCGGCUCCAUCCUGUGCUCGCUCUCCACCUUCAAGGACAUGUUCAAGUUUAGCACCUCUCCCCAGCUGAUGCAGGAGGCCACUGCAGCUCUGGUUGAGUCGCUGGCCCCAGCCCAGCCCGUGUCUGUGCACUUCAGUGCUGGCUGCUCAGGAAUAGAGAGCUGCAGGGAUGGGCUGGCCAGCGGCUCGGUGGUCCGGAGAGAGGAGGGGGGUGGAGCACCGGUCUGGCCCGAGCUCGCGGUGGGGCACAGGGUGCAGGGGGCCAGCACGUCGGCCCUGCUGCCCCCCGGGGCUGCUCACACGUCCCAGCAGGAGACGGGGAGGCACGUGCCCAUCCGGCUGAGCGAGCCAACUGUGCUCCAGCCGGUCCUGAGCUCACCCCUGGGGGUGACCGAGCCUCCCCCAGGCCCUGCACCUGGCUCGCCCGAGUGGCCCCACGUGGGCCCUCGUCACCUGCCGCUCGGGGCUACACGUGAAGCGCACAGCAGUGUUAGGGGUGACUCGGCCAUCAUGAAGACACACGGCGACCAGCGCGAGGGCCACGUCUGCAUCCUCGGAGGGCUGAGCGGAUUGCUCGCGCAUGUCACGGAUUACCACACCGUCCUUCAGCGGCUGCUAUGUCCUCCUGGGCUGGCCUCUACCUCCUCCAGCGCAGGCCUUGAGUCCGGCACGUCUUGUGCGAGUACCUGCUCGGGCCUGGCGGCUGCAGGACCCCCAGCUGCCCUGCUGACCCCCACUCUCGUCCCCUCCCCUCCAUUCUCCACACAGCCAUCCUUUGUAAAGUGCAAAGUCACGUAUAGCGUCUGCUCUGGCAUGCUGUCCUCCACCAGAUGUCAGCUGCCCGGCGGGGGCCCCUCUCGGUCCCACGCUCAGUCACAGCGGCAGCCCCGGCACCCAGCACAGAAGGCUCGGCAGGUGCACAGCAAAUGUCCCCGAGGGGACCAGUGA